AUGGGUCGUUUAAGGCAAAAAGGUAAGGCUGGCGCUGCCAAGGCCUACAUCACUCGCUCCAUGGCGAUCAAAAAGCUGCAGUGUUCACUGGCAGACUUCAGGCGGUUAUGUAUUCUCAAAGGUAUCUUCCCGCGCGAACCUCGUCACAAGAAGCGUGCAAACAAGGGCUCGUCUGCGCCGACAUCAUUUUACUAUACAAAGGACAUUGCAUACCUGCAGCAUGAGCCUGUGCUGAAGAAACUUCGCGAGCAUAAGGCUUUCGCCAAACGUUUGGCUCGCGCCUUGGGAAGAGGGGAGUGGAGUAGUGCUAAAAGUCUCGAUGAUCAUAAGCCAGUUCACCGGCUAGACCAUAUCAUCAAGGAGAGGUACCCUACAUUCAUCGACGCUGUCCGAGAUAUCGACGAUGCACUUUGUAUGAUCUUUCUCUUCGCUUCUCUUCCUUCAAACUCCCGUGUCCCGCCCGCCCUCAUCGAAAAUUGCUCACGCCUUGCCGCGGAAUGGCAACUAUAUGUCAUGCACACUCAUUCGCUGCGAAGACUUUUCCUUUCAAUCAAGGGUGUGUAUUACCAGGCUGAAGUCAUGGACCAAACUGUCACCUGGCUAGUGCCAUACCAAUUCACCCAAAAUGUUCCUUCCGACGUCGACGUCCGUGUUAUGCUCACCUUCCUAGAGCUAUACCAGACAUUACUCGGCUUCGUCUUCUUUAAGCUGUAUACUGACGUCAGUCUCGUCUAUCCUCCGCCAUUGGAUGUUACAAAGGAGGAGGCCGCUGCAGGCGUAGGGGCCUUCAGCUUGCAGGACGCUACGCACAACGCUGUGCCUGCUCUUGCUCCAAAACAAAAGACUGUGGAGGUUGAUGGCAAGAAAAUCUCGAGCAAAGACGUACGACAGACGAUCAAGACAAUCUCUUCAACCCUCACAACAUCAGAUGGUGUUGACGUAGAAAUGCCCGUCGUCGAAUCGAUACAAGAAGCAGCUGACGAGGACUUUGUGUCCCGACCGUCUGCAUCGCAUCCUGACGACGCCACCCCCGCUCUGCCAACACUCCACACACUCUCCACACUGCCGCAAUCGCAACCAUCCAAACUCUUUGCACCAUUUGUCUUCUUCUUGUCCCGCGAGUCACCUCGUCCUAUUUUCGAAUUCAUCGUCCGUUCAUUUGGAGGAUCCAUCGGUUGGCCAGCAUCAUCCGGAGGGGGUUCACCGUACGACGAGACCAACGACUCGAUAACACAUGUCAUUAUUGAUCGGCCGAUUGUGGAGAGAUCAAACGAGACGGACGACGAGCGCGAACGUCGGCACCGACGCAAGUAUGUGCAGCCUCAGUGGGUCGUGGACUGCAUCAAUGCGGGGAAGAUUCUACUGGAGGAACCAUACGCACAGGGCAAGAUUUUGCCUCCUCAUCUGAGUCCUUUCGGCGAGCAGCAGGGUGCUUAUGAUCCUAUGGCUGUGGAUGGCGACAUGGAGGAGGACGCAAGCGAAACAGCGAGCGUAGUCGAAGAUGAGAAGCAGGAGGUGGAGGACAGCAACGAAGAGACAGCCAAGGAAGCGAAGGAGACGGCCGCCCUCAAGGUUGCGACGGCUGCAACCGAUGAUAUUGGUGCACUCCGUGCGGCGGAACUGGCGGCGGAAGCUGCCGGCGUGGACUACGGGAUGUUUGAGAAAGAGGUGGUCAAGUCACAGAAGAAGGCGAAAAAGGCACAGGCACUGGGAGCAGUCGAUGCUGAACAGGACAUGAACAAAAUGAUGAUGAGCAACAAACAGCGGAAGCUGUACGAGAAGAUGAAGUACAGCCAGAACAAACGUGCUGCGGAGAACGUGAAGCUCGCAGAGCGGAAAAAGUCCUUGCAAUCGGCCAAGAAACGAGAGGAAAAAUCCAAACAGUCUACAUCGUGAUUUCUCCUCGUGGAUUUGUCUACCUAUACACCCGUAUGACUGCAUGUGUACAUCUUCUCAGCCGCGUGGUAACCUAGUCGCUGCGUUCU